CACGCACAAAGAUAAAUCAUAAGUUGCCGAGCACGCGAGCAAGGGCGUGUCUUACAACCAAAUAAGGUUACUUACCCGGAGAAAGGAGGAGAUACACGAAUUGUGUCGCGUGCGUAAACAUCACCUGAUGUAAAAUAGAUUCAGAUUUCAGACUGGUGUGACCUUGUCGUACGAAUGGCUGUCUAUUUCGUUCUCGCUUUCAUCAUUACUGCACUUGUCUGCUACAUCACGUACGAGCACGUCACUCAUCGUCGCAAGCGGGCAUGGCUCAACGGACCGUCGUGGGUACCUCCGUUCAUUGGAAAUAUAUUCGAAAUGGUUCUGACGCCGCACAAGCAUUACUCAAGCCAAGAGAAGUACGGCGCUCUGUCGUGGAACUCGAUCAUGGGAAAGUUUUUCGUAUUUUGUACAACAACUGACAUCUGUCGCAAAGUUCUAAGCAACCCCGAUACCAGCUUUAAGGUUUUCUUCACACUAACAGCUGAGAGAUUACUUGGUGGUGACAACAUUGUAUUCAUGAAUGGUCCAGCUCACAAGACUCUUCGCAAGCAAAUUCUUCCUCUGUUCACUCGUCGUGCCUUGGGAGUUUACGUCAAACUACAAGAACAACAAAUUAGAAAUCAUAUGGAAAAGUGGCUACAGCAGAGUGAACAACAAUCUGAACUUGAAAUGCGUCCUCUUAUUCGAGAUCUGAAUAUUGAUACUUCAUUUUCUGCAUUUAUUGGUCCUUACAUAGGAACAGAUGAGAAACGCACAGAGUUAUCUUAUCAUUACAUGAUGAUGAAUGAGGGCUUUCUUGCAUUUCCUCUCUAUUUUCCUGGCACGACUUUGUGGUCUGCUGUGCAAUCUCGUAAGAAGGUCACAGAACAUUUAAUCUUGGCAUCGAAGCUAGCACGACAGAGAAUGGCUGCUGAUGUUGAGCCUGUGUGUUUGCUUGAUUUCUGGAUGGAAUCAGUGAAAUCGGAUGAUCCAAACUCAUUAGGCAAGCUUAACGAUGUUGUCACCGACAACAAGUCUGCAGAUUAUCAUGUUGCAAAGCAUCUUCUCGACUUUCUGUUUGCAAGUCAAGAUGCAUCUACUGCAUCUCUCGUCUGGGUAUGCCACUUUCUGGAUGAGUACCCGGAUGUUUUAGAUAAAGUUCGAAAGGAGCAAGAAAAGGUGAGGCCCAAUGACGAAACUUUAACAUCAGAACUUUUGGAGAAGAUGCCAUAUGCUUAUCAGGUUGUGAAGGAAAUACUUCGCUUUCGUCCUCCCGCUACUAUGAUACCCCAGAUUGCUCUCAAGGAUUGCAAGAUUUUGGACAACUAUACAGUGCCUAAGGGUUCCAUUGUGCUCCCAUAUGUUUGGUCUGCACAUUUUGAAGGCUUUACCAAUCCUGACAAAUUCGAUCCUGACCGUUUCAGUUUGGAACGUCAUGAAGAUAUCAUUUAUGCAAAGAAUUUUAUGGCGUUUGGAUUUGGUGCCCAUGCUUGUCUCGGUCAACGGUAUGCCAUGAAUCAUAUGACAGCUUUUAUAGCUAUUAUGUCGACAAAUGUGGAGUGGCAUCGCACUCGGCCAGGAAGUCCAGAGAGCCAGGACAUUGCCUAUUUUCCAACUAUUUACCCAGCCGAUGGCUGUGUGAUCACCAUGAAACGCAGACAAGCUGCCUGUACAAAGGACCAAUGAGGGAAUGUAUAGACUUACUUUCAAGUGUGGCUUUUUACUGAACAUUCUGCAAAUGUAGAGUGACUUGGAUUUAGGGUGGUGGGUCUGCUGCUCAAUAACUACAUGGACCUUCAUUUAAUAGAACCAGUUGCUGGGAUUAAACUGCUUAUUUUAUGAAGUGUUUCUAGCAUUGAAUGAGAACACAAUUGAAUGAUCUGC